CUGGAUUCUGAGCCUCUUCCCUGCCACCCUAGUCCAAGGCACUGCGGGAACGCUGGCUGCUGGAGGGGACGCCGUCCUCGACCUCUGAGGGCGAUGAGGACAUGAGGAAGCAGAUGCAGGAGGAUGAGCAGAAGGUCCGGGUCCUGGAGGAGUCCAUCGCCAGGCUCGAGAAGGAAAUUGAUGUCCUGGAGUUUGGAGAGGCAGCGCCAGCCGCCCCAGAGGAGAACUCCGCAGCCCGCAGCCCAGUCCGGCCCCCGCCUGCAAGCCCAGCCAAGGAAGAACAAAAGUCAGAUGCCCUGGUGAAUUCUCAGCAGGUGCCGCUGGGCACCCCGAAAGAGAAUCGCAUGUCCUCUACCCCAGUGCGGACUCCGGGGGGAUCCACCAUGAUGAAGGCAGCCAUGUACUCGGUGGAGAUCACAGUGGAGAAGGACAAGGUGACCGGGGAGACCAGGGUGCUGUCCAGCACCACACUGCUCCCCCGGGACCCACUCCCUCAGGGCGUGAAAGUCUACGAGGACGAAACAAAAGUGGUCCAUGCCGUGGAUGGCAUCGCUGAGAACGGAAUCCAGCCGCUAAGCUCCUCCGAGGUGGAGGAACUCAUUCACAAGGCCGAUGAGGUUACACUGAGCGAGGCAGGGUCCACAGCCGGGCCAGCGGAGCCUCGGGGACUCGCAGAGGAUGCGACCAGGACCACACCGGCAAGGAGGGAGAUUACAGGAGUUGCGGCUCAGCCAGGAGAGGCCACAUCGGGCCCACCAGGCAUCCAGCCCGGUCAGGAGCCCCCAGUAACCAUGGUCUUCAUGGGUUAUCAGAAUGUGGAAGAUGAAGCAGAGACCAAGAAGGUACUGGGCCUGCAGGACACCAUCAAGGCAGAGCUGCUAGUGAUCGAAGAUGCAGCCACCACCCCCAGGGAGCCGGCGCCGCUCAAUGGCAGUGCGGCUGAGCUUCCAGACACCAAGGAAGAGAACCAGACCGGGCCCUCAGCCACUCCCAGUGAUGCCCAGGAUCUCGAUAUGAAGAAGCCUCGCUGUAGAUGCUGUUCUGUCAUGUGACCCGUAGGGGGCGCUCCCGCCCCCAUCCCCGUCCUACGCUCCACACUCCACCCAGCAGCCCGGCCCUCCCCGGCGCCUGCCCACCCUCACCCUCUGCCUCACGGGCCCCAGACACGUGUGUGGUCCCUAUGCACCUCGAGUCGCAGAUGGGGGGUGGCUCUGUCCGUCACCACUCUCCACACUCACCCCAAACCUCUGAGCCGUGCGUCUUCCCUUGGUGAGAGACAGGCCGACCCAUCUCAGAUCUGCUAAGAAUGGGGACCCCCCCCCACUUCAGGUCACAGCAGGUUUACACUGGCGACCUACACCCAUCAUGGUCUCAGCCUGGUGUCCCCUUGCCGCCCCAGGCCAGCCUGUCUGUGCCUUAUUGCUACUUUUGGGGGUUCUCUGAGGGGGACCUAAAGAGAAGGUCUCCCUGACCAAUGUGCCAGCGACCUAAUGUGGGCAGAUGGGGUGAGGCCACACUUCUUUUGAGACUCAAAGUCCUAGGGUGGAGGACGGGCACUUGUGGAUUCCCCCCCAGUAAGUAGCAGAGCUCAAAAUGGGGAUACCCCUUUACUGGUGAUGGAAACAUGACCCCCAAGAUGGGGUCAUUGUUGGCAAGGCCCCACGUCAGCCAGUCCCUCUCCUGGGUCCCCCCACCAUGCACACACUGGGCCCUUCUUCCUGGUGCUAAUUUUGGGACCCUUGGAGUCACCUCUGCCCUCUUGUCUAGUUGGCUUGGACCAGGGUCCUCAGUUUCCCACACACACCGUACCCUAGCAAUCGGGGGGUAUGUCUGCCAGCGCUGCAGAGCCUAGCCUUUCCAGGCAGGUUUAGGUCGCCCCACACACACCUUGGGUGGGAGUAAGGGGAUCCCCCAUCUGCCACCUGGCUAGACAGGAGCCACGGCAGGGGAUCACCCACCUGUGGGCAGGCAGCAGCAGCCACUUUAGUUCCAGAGGCGCUGCCCUGCACACAGACACACUGGCGCAACCCUUUCCUCCCUCACUGGCUUCGCAGGACCACGCCCGGUCCAGGUCCCUUUCCUUGGGACUCCAGCCCGGUGUGUAGGGUGCAGGACCACCUGUGGGGCCCUGUCACUACCCGUAGCUGCAGUAGGGCAUGCAGAGGCCACAGGGUCUGUGUCCUGUCCUUCCUGUGGCCUGGAGGAGAAGUGCUCUUCCCUGAGGGGUGACCCGUGGCCACGGCCAUGGUCAUGACAUCCCUUCCUCUUCCUCCUCUGAGUCUGCCUGAGUCCCUCGAGCCCUGAGCCUCGGCUGAAGUGCCCUUGCUGCCCCCUUCUGCUUUUGACUUGUGACGAGGCCCCACCCUUCACCCCAUGUUCUUGACUUUCCCAGAGAAAGAAAUUAAAAAAAAAAAAAAAAGAGAGAGAGAGAGAGAGAGAAAAGAAAAAAAAGUGUGCAGAGCCAGGUUGCUGCAGUUCUUGGGUUUCAUCUGGGCGGGAAGGGGUGCGGCCUCCUGGUGGUGGAGCCAUAAAAAGGCCAGGCCCAGGCCCGGCAGGACACAGGAGAAGCCUCUCCCCUGCGGCCACUGCACCCUUCAGGGUGCACCCCUCACGGUGGACCUUCCCCAGGACUCUGCGGCACUCAGACAGGUGAGGGGCAGCUGCGGGAAGCCACUGAGGGCCUUCGCUUUCAUAUCUGCUAUGUCCUUGUACUGCGAGGUUGGGGUAGAGAGGUCCCCAUAGACACCCCACAAGCUCUGAGCUAUGUUCCGAGGAGUAGUAGAGGCCCCAUUUCUUUCUCUCUGUGGUCUUGGAAAAAUUUUUCUCCUUUGGCCUCAGUUUCCCUAUCUGUAUAGAAGAGCUGGCUAGGAGCCCUGUGUUCCCAGCACACUGGGUAUCCCAGGCUUGAAUAAAAAGUCUGUAACCCAA